UCUGUAGAAGUUCACCAACGAAUCUGGUCGGUUGAGACUUGAGUUGCCAGGAACCAAGCUCGGAACGAGCAUACAGAAUUUUAUAAGAAACAUGGCAAAUAGGGAGUGGACCCGUUGAACCAACCCUUUUUUGAAUUAUUGGAACCGCCCCCCAUCUAGAAUUGAAAAUUGAUCGCUCUCUGACCUCUCAGCAUCAUGGAUAAAGUGAUCCCCGUGAAAGUGGCCAUUCGAAUUCGGCCCCUGUCCAAUAAGGAGAAUGAGGAAGGAUGCCAAUCCGUGGUGCAGGUGGUUCCGAACCGUCCGCAAAUUUAUUUGCCGUCUUUGGAGAAAGCCUUCACUUUUGACUUCGCUUUCGGAGCAGGCUCCACCCAGAAAACGGUCUAUGACGAGUCCUCCCAAGACAUGAUCGUGAAGCUCUUCGAAGGUUACAACACCACAGUGUUGGCCUAUGGGCAAACCGGAUCUGGCAAGACACAUUCAAUGGGCACGUCCUAUCAGGCAGGACAAGCUCAAUCCGAUCCCGCUUUGGCUGGCAUUAUCCAAAGAGCGGUAGGCGAUAUCUUUGCCGAGAUUGCGAAACGUCGUCAUGAGCUGGAUGUGCGGGUUCGUGUGGCCUUCGUUGAGUUGUACCGCGAACAAUUAUAUGACUUAUUGUCGCCCAAGAGCCACAAAAAAGAGGAUUGUGUAUGUGAUCUCCGUGAAGAUCCGACGCGGGGUGUGGUUAUUCCGGGAUUGACGGAGGAAUCCGUCGAAUCCCUGGAUCACACCAUGGAUGUUUUGACACUGGGCUCCACCAAGCGUGUGACAGCGGCCACGGCCAUGAAUAACACGAGCAGUCGAUCGCACGCCAUCUUUACCGUUUUCUUGAAUAUGAUUGAUCAAUCUGGUCAGAGCACGUUGGCCAAGUUCCAUUUGGUCGAUUUGGCCGGAUCCGAACGGGCCAAGAAAACCAAAGCCACGGGUGAUCGUAUGAAGGAGGGCGUAGCCAUCAAUCAAGGUUUGCUCGCUCUAGGCAACGUGAUUGCUGCCUUAGGUGAGGACAGAUCCGGACCCUCGAGCCAUGUGCCAUAUCGGAAUUCCAAGCUUACUCGUCUCUUGCAAGAUUCACUAGGAGGAAACUCUUACACCCUAAUGUUGGCUUGUGUCUCUCCCGCGGAUUCCAACCUUGAGGAGACUUUGAACACUCUGAGGUAUGCCGAUCGGGCGCGCAAGAUUAAGAACAAGCCCAUUGUUAACCUUGACGGAGCCGACCAAAGUGCUGAGGUCCAAAGGUUGCGGCUUGAAAACCAAGAGCUCAAGCUUCAAAUGGUCAGAAAUGCGGUGGGUGUCGUCGAUUCUGAAGAGACACAACGACUUCAAGAACAGGCCAAGCGAAUGAGAGAUGAAAACAAGGAGCUCACCAAUGCGUUGGUGGCUUGUCAGGACGAGUUGGCUCACAUCAACGAAAAGGCUCUUAUGCUGGACGCGUCCAAUGCGAAGCUCAAAACCAAACUCAAAGAACUUUUGGCUGAAGCCAAGGUGCUAAGCCAGAAGGAAGGACUUGACGUGGCAGGAUUCUCGCAGAAAGUUGCUGAUAUUGUUCAUUUGCAAGCUGACGCCGAAAAAACGAUCAUGGACUUAGACAUGGCUCAUGCAGAUGGAUCGCAAUGGCAGCCUCAUGAUCAUUCUUCGUCUGGUGGCGAAGACGACGAAGAUGGCGGAGAUGAUGAUGAAUUUGGAGCUGCCCGAGCACUCAAACAAAACGCUUUGACCACUCAGCUUCAGAACUUGAACAAAAUGUUGGCCCAAAAGGAGAGGCUUGCCUCUGACAUGUUUGCAAAUGAUGAGAAGCUCCAAGAGAUGAAAAAGAAAUACGAGGAAACUCUUGCCGCCAUCGAAGGUGACAUGAACAAGCUCAUAAAAGAAAAGGAGGAAUUGUCCCAUCAACAAAAGCACACCGGAAAUGAUCCGACCUGCAAGAUUUCCGAGCAACGCCGCAAACGCAUUCAAGAUCUCGAGCAUCAGAUUCAAGACCUUAAGAAAAAGAUGUUGGAACAACAAAAGGCCAUCAAAAUGAACGAGAAGAACGCUGCCCAAGUGAAGAAGCUCUCAGAGGAUAUCACUCAGAUGAAGCAAACCAAAGUGAAACUUAUCAAGCAAAUCCGGGAAGAUGCCGAAAAGGUUCGAGUAUGGAAGCAACAAAAAGAGAAGGAAGUGAUCAAGCUCAAACAGGCAGAGCGAAAGCAACAGGUCAAGAUUGCUAAAAUGGAAACACUCCAUACCAAGCAACAAACCGUGCUCAAGAGGAAAAUGGAGGAAGCAAUCAGCAUCAACAAGAGGCUCAAGGAAGUCAUUGACAAACAAAAAGCCUCCCGAGCCAUGAUUGCGGGUCGAAGUGGAUUGGCAGGAGCGGGCGAUCGUGUGAGGACUUUGAUCAACGAAGAUUUGGACGUCGUGGUAUCGGUGAAAGAGGCCACCAAGAGCCGAGAGCAAUUAUUGAACGACCGAAAGACCAUUACCAAGCAACUAAACGACAUCAAGAAGGAUAUGCGUGGAACCAUGAACACUCAGGAUAUUGUGAUGAUGAAGACCAAGACGGAGGAACUUCAAGCCGAACUUGAUAUUCAAAAUGCUCAGAUCGCAGCUUUGCAGAAACAGAUCACGGACUUGGAACACGACAACAAAGACGUUAACAAUAACCGAUUUGAUAAUCUUAGGACCAUGACUGAAGCCAAGAUUGCCCUUGAUCAUCUAUUUGACAAGACUGUCGAGCAAACUGUGAGUGCUUCGCAAUUAAAAUCUGAGUUCGAAGAGCUUCGCCAGUUGUAUCAGGAGGCCGUCCGAAACACGAACACUCUGGAGAAAGAAAUUGCCGAUCUCAAGAACGAAUUUGAGACCGACAACCUCAAACUUAAUCGAGCUCAUGAGGAGAAAGUUCUAUUUCUGUUGGGUAAUUUGGCCAAUGCUAAUGACUCCGAACGGUUGAAGAUCCACGAGCAAGAAAUUCGAAACUUCUCCAAGCUCCAUGCCGAGCUCGAAAAAAUGGGCGAAGAAAAUGAAAAACUUCGUCAGCAAAUGCUGGGCGAGGCUAAGAUGGUCUCUAAAGAGAACAACCUCCAGUCUUCCAGGGCAUCGAAAGUGGCUAAUCAAUCCGGAUCAAAAGGUCGCUAUACCGUGGAAGAGUAUUUCAAUCAUUCACUUGAAGACGACAGCGAGAUUGAGGAAGAUCGCGAAGAUAAUGAAGACGACCCCGAUUGGCAGAAAACGCCUCUCUUCAAACGGAUUAAGAAAGUGCGCGAGGCGAGAGGCAACUCUUUUGCUCCUAAGCGCAAAUAUUUGGGCGAUCAUGACAGUACCGGAUCCGCCAUCUCGACAGAGGACGAUGACGAAGAAACACCUCCAGCAAAACGUCGCUCCAAGAACAACCGAAGCAAUCUUGGAUGCCAAUGCAAGACAGAUUGCUCCUCAAACAAAUGUGGUUGUAAAAAGGGCGGCGCGUCGUGUAACGAAUCAUGUCGGUGUGUUUCGAGUCGUUGUAUUAACAAAGAUGCGCCUGAUCCUGAGGAUGGGGCUGGUACAUCCGGUCCUACUGGGACUCGUACCAUUUUGGGCGACUUGAGUAAUUCCGACAGCUUGACCGAUACUUUUGCCCUUCUGAAUGAUACUUAUACUGCUACCACAACUUUAAAACCUGGGCGACGGACUCUGGACGUACAAGGAAUGAGGUCGCCUCAGAAAACGGAGCGAACCCCUUAUUUUAAAUCGCCUUUAUCUGAGGAAACAGAAGAGUCCCAUAAAUCUCCACGGACCGGUUUCGAAAAAAGAGGAUUGCUGAUGAAAUAGCUUCUUCAUUCCUUGCCACAUUUAAUUCAAAUUAUGACACAGACCCACAAUUGCCGUCAA